AUGGAUCGUGCUCCACCAAAUCGUUCNUGGAUGUACGAUAGGUGUCAUAGAGGAAGAGGUGCUUUAAAAGAGUCUUUUGUAUUGGGUGUUGAAGAGUUUAUAAGUAAAGCUUGUGAACAAGAACGUUAUCGUAGAGAUGGGGGUCUUCGAUGUCCAUGUUUAAAGUGCGAUUGUACAAAGAUUCUGAACAUAAAAGUUGUCAAGGUUCACCUCUACAAGGUGGGUUUCAAGCCUAAUUAUUUCAUUUGGGAGGAUCAUGGGGAAAGAAUGCCAGAAGAUGAUGUACAGAAUCAUGAAAGUUGGAUGGGUGUACAAAUGGAAGGUGGUCCAAAUAACCAAUUUAUGACAAUGGAAGACAUGGUGCAUGAUGCNCUUAGGCAAAAUGAGCCAUGCCAAGCAUCUACUUCAGAUAACAUUGAAGAGGCUCCGAAUGAAGAAACACAAAGGUUUUAUAAUCUUUUGUUGAAUGCAAACAAGCCAUUGUAUGAAGGAGCAACAGAUUCCAGAUUAUCAAUGUGUGUUAGGCUAUUAGCUUGCAAGUCAAAUUGGAAUAUUCCUAACCAAUGCUUAGAUUUUAUUGCAAAAAUGGUUAUGGAUGGAACACCCAUCAAAUCAGGUUUGCCUAAAACAUACUACGAUGCAAAAAAGUGUGUAUCAAAGUUGGGAUUACAAUCACAGAGGAUUGAUUGUUGCGUGGAUGGUUGCAUGCUCUUCUAUGAUAAUGACUAUGGUAAGAAUGAUGGCUCACUACAAAGAAUGUAUGCCUCAACACAAACUGCNGGACAUAUGACAUGGCACUAUCAGAACAGGUCGACAAAUGGUGUUUUGCGUCAUCCAUGUGAUGGAGAGGCUUGGAAGCACUUUGAUAGAGUAUAUCCUGACUUUGUUAUUGUCACCCCUUACAAUCUUCCUCCAGAAAUCUGCAUGUCUAAACCUUACAUGUUCUUGACAUGUCUCAUUCCNGGGCCAUUGAAUCCAAAGGUUGGCAUAGAUGUUUACUUAGAGCCCUUGAUGGACGAAUUGAAGAAGUUGUGGACGGGUGUCUUAACAUANGAUAUUUCAAGGAAACAAAACUUUAUUUUGAGGGCCAUGCUGAUGUGGACAAUUAAUGAUUUUCCUGCUUAUGGUAUGUUGUCCGGCUCGAGCACUCAUGGUAAACUGACAUGUCCACAUUGCAUGGAGGAUACAAAAGCUUUUAGAUUAUAUCAUGGGGCAAAAAAUUCCUGGUUUGACUCCUAUCGGAGGUUUUUACCAAAUGACCAUGCCUUUAGGAGGAAUAGAAAUUCUUUCAAGAAAGGGGAAGUGGAGAUGGAUGAUGCACCACCAUAUCUGACNGGAGCAGAAAUUUGGAAUAGAAUCAAGGGUUAUCCUAAAAUAACUGAAAAUGGUGCCUCAAGAAUUGAUGGAUACGGUGAGUGGCAUAAUUGGACGAAAAGAAGCAUCUUUUGGGAUCUACCCUAUUGGAAGGAUAAUUUGUUAAGGCNUAAUCUUGAUUUCAUGCACAUUGAAAAAAAUUUCUUUGACAACAUCUUCAAUACUGUGAUGAAUGUUGCGGGGAAGACAAAAGACAACGAAAAGGCACGAAUGGAUAUAGGUUUGUACUGUAGACGAAAAGANUUGGAGCUAAAAAGUCAUAGCAAUGGAAACAUGUACAAGCCAAAAGCAAAUUAUACACUUUCAGCAGAUCAAACAAAACAAGUUUGUAAUUGGGUAAAGGAUCUUAGGAUGCCUGACGGAUAUUCUUCUAACUUGUCAAGGUGUGUUGAUGUGAAAAGGGGAAAGCUCAUUGGGAUGAAAAGCCAUGGCUGCCAUGUCUUUAUGGAAUGCUUACUUCCUAUAGCGUUUAGUUCUUUACCGACUCAUGUUCUCAAUCCCAUUACAGAGAUAAGUCAUUUUUUCAGAGAUUUAUGUUCUACAACAUUGAACGAGGAUGACCUAGUGAAGAUGGAAGAAAAAAUUCCAAUCAUUUUGUGCAAGAUGGAGAGAAUAUUUCCUCCCUCAUUCUUUGAUUCUAUGGAACAUCUCCCUAUCCAUCUUCCAUAUGAGGCAAGACUUGGUGGACCAGUCCACUAUAGGUGGAUGUACCCAUUUGAAAGGUUCAUGGGAUAUGCUAAACGUUCGGUUAAGAAUAAAGCUAGGGUUGAAGGAUCUAUUUGCGCAUCAUACUUGCAUAGAGAGACAACUCAUUUUUGUUCCCACUAUUUCAAAAACUUCAUGUUAACACCACAAAGCAGUAGAAAUGAAGUAAACACUGAAACAGAAAGCCUUCCGACAACACUAUCGGUGUUUGACCAACCUGGUCGUCAUUCUGGGAGGGAAUCAACUCAUUGGUUAAGUGAUGAAGAAUUGAGAUCAGCUCAUGUUCAUGUUUUGAUCAAUUGCGAUGAAGUUCAACCUUACCUUGACUCAUUCUUACAUACUUAUCAACUAUCUGAGUCAAACAGUUCGGCAUACAUACAUGCCAAUUUCCCAUUGUGGUUUAGGCAAAAAGUUCAUGAUGAGCCUUUAAGUGGCAAGAGGACAAUAAAUAGUGGGGUUCAUGUUAAAGGGCUAAUAGAAGGCGGUCAAGAUGAUUUCUAUGGUGUGAUUAAACACAUCUAUGAGUUGGAAUACAAUUCAACAACCACAGAAAAGAAAAUUGUAUUAUUUUAUUGCGAUUGGUUUGAUCCAUCGAGAGUAGGUACAAGGGUAGAUUCAAAGUAUGGCAUUGUGGAUAUUCGAAUGGAUAAAAGAUAUGUGUUGUUCGAUCCUUUUAUAAUUGCACAUAAUGUACAACAAGUUUAUUAUGUACCNUAUCCUACAUCACGCANNGACAAACGAGGUUGGUGUGUUGCGAUAAAGACGAAGCCUAGAGGACGCAUUGAUUCUAAUGAUGUAGAAACGGAUGUGCCAUACCAAGUGGAGGAAAUGUCACAUGUUAAUGAUGUCAUUGAAGUUGAAGAAGUUGUCCGAUUACAAGAUGUAGAAGCUGGUCUUGAACAAGUGGACCCCGACAAUAUUUCAUUAUUUCAAGGGCAUGAAGAUACAAUUGAAUCAGAAGAAUCCAAUGAAGAGGGAGAAGGUGAAGAUGACAACGAAGAUGAAUUUCAAAGUUCUAGCGCUGAAUAG